ACUGUAAGUCACUCUCCUUUUGUCCACUGUGAUUUUCUACAAUUGAACCGACCAUCACCAGUUUUCAUCGUCUCCCAUUAAACUUGCAGUCUCUCUGCGUACAUCUCUCUAGCAAUCCAUAGAUACUACUAUGGAGUAGCUUGUUGGAGAGAUUAGAUAAAGUGGUGAGAAAGAAGCAUCGGUGUGCCUGCAACUCGCUCUCUCUCUCAUCCUCCGUUUUGUUCCAGAGGUAUUCCACUGGAGCACCACCAACAAGCAUGAGCAGCAGACACCGAAACUUCCGCCGCCGGACCGGCGACAACGACGGCGGCGAUGACGAUAAUGGCAACGCGGACAAACCCCCCUCAUCAAGGCCCACCUCUACCACAAAACCCCCCAAGAAGCCACAGAACCAAGCCCCAAAAAAGCUUCUUAGCUUCGCCGACGACGAAGACAACGAUUCACCCAUUACACGUCCAUCUUCUUCCUCCAAAUCUUCCAAAUCUCGCUUCCCCAAACCCUCAUCGUCGUCGUCCUCGUCUCACAAACUCACCGCCGUCAGAGACCGCGUCACGCCCUCCUCCUCCGUCUCCUCCUCGCUCCCCUCCAAUGUCCAACCCCAAGCUGGCACUUACACCAAAGAGGCCCUUCUUGAGCUCCAGAAGAACACCAGAACCCUAGCCAGUUCUCGCCCCCCUCCCUCCACCGCCAAACCCACUUCUUCUUCCUUCGAACCCGUUGUUGUCUUGAAAGGGCUCGUCAAACCCGAAUCAGACUCUAUUGGUGGAACUAUUGCCAAAUUGGGGGACCAAGAAGAAGAAGAAAUUGAAAACAAUAAAAGGGCUGAUUUAUUUAGGAGGGACAAGGACGAUGCAGCGACCAGAUUGGCUUCCAUAGGGUUAGGGAAAGGUGGUAGCAAUAGUAGGGAUUCCAUCCCCGACCAAGCUACUAUAGAUGCAAUUCGGGCUAAGAGGGAACGGCUCCGCCAAUCGCAGGCGGCGGCACCUGAUUAUAUAGCAUUGGAUGGGGGUAGUAAUCACGGGGAAGCGGAGGGCUUGAGUGAUGAGGAGCCAGAAUUUCAAGGGAGGAUUGCUUUAUUUGGGGAGAAAUUGGAUACUGGGAAGAAAGGUGUAUUUGAGGAUGUUGUUGAUGGGAGGGCAAUUGAUGUUGGGUUUAGAAAGGAUGGUGAAGUUGAUGCUGAUGAUGAAGAUGAGGAGGACAAGAUUUGGGAAGAAGAACAGUUCAGGAAAGGUUUAGGGAAGAGAAUGGAUGAUGGGUCUAGUAGAGUGGGGAGUAGUGCUGUGCCUGUAGUUCAGAGUGUUCCCCAACAAAACUAUAUGUACCCACCUGCAGCAACAUCUUCUUAUUCUUCGGUGCCUAGUGUGCCUGCUGGUCCGAGCAUCGGAGGAGCUGUUGGAGCCUUUUCAGGUCUUGAUGUGAUGUCAAUAUCUCAACAGGCUGACAUUGCUAAGAAAGCCUUGCAUGACAAUUUGAGGAGGCUAAAGGAAUCUCAUGGCAGAACCAUUGCAUCAUUGACAAGGACUGAUGAAAAUCUAUCUGCCUCACUAUUGAAUGUCACUGCUCUUGAACAGUCUUUAUCUGCUGCUGGUGAGAAGUUCAUCUUUAUGCAAAAGAUACGUGACUUUGUUUCUGUUAUAUGUGACUUUUUGCAGCAUAAAGCUCCUUUCAUAGAGGAACUUGAAGAGCAGAUGCAGAAGCUUCACGAAGAACGUGCAGCAGCUAUUUUAGAAAGAAGGGCUGCUGAUCAGGAUGAUGAAAUGAUCGAAAUAGAAGCAGCUAUAAAUGCAGCAACAAUGGUUCUUAGUAAAGGUGGUGGCAAUACUGCAUUGGUUGAAGCAUCCACUACUGCAGCUCAGGCUGCAUCGGCUGCGAUGAGAGAAAAAAAUCUUCCAGGGAAACUAGAUGAAUUUGGUAGGGAUGAGAACCUUAAAAAACGAAUGGAUAUGGCACGAAGAGCGGAGGCACGGCAACGGAGGAAAGCUCAAUCAGAUUCUAAGAGAAUAUCAUCCAUGGAAAAUGAUAGUUCCUAUCAGCAAAUAGAAGGAGAAUCAAGCACUGAUGAGAGUGACAGUGAGAGUACAGCAUACCAAUCUAAUCGUGAUUUGUUGCUUCAGACUGCUGAACAGAUCUUUAGCGAUGCAGCUGAGGAAUAUUCUCAACUGUCAGUGGUUAAAGAAAGGUUUGAGAGAUGGAAGAAAGAUUAUUUAUCAAGUUACAAUGAUGCUUAUGUGUCAUUAAAUGUAGCGGCUAUCUUCUCGCCAUAUGUGAGGUUGGAGCUUUUAAAGUGGGACCCACUUCAUGAAGAUGCAGAUUUUGAUAAUAUGAAGUGGCAUACACUGCUUUACAAUUAUGGUAUUGAAGAUGAAAGUAAAAUCAACCCUGAUGAUGCUGAUGCUGACCUUAUUCCUCAACUGGUGGAAAAGAUUGCCAUCCCAAUUUUGCAUCACGAGAUAGCUUACUGCUGGGAUAUUGUAAGUACACGUGAAACAAAGAACGCUGUUUCAGCAACAAAUUUAGUCUUCAGUUAUGUUCAGACUUCCAGCAGGGUUAUUGGUGAAUUAGUUACUGUUCUUCGCAACCGUCUGGCUGAUGCUGUGGCUAAUCUUAUGGUCCCAACAUGGAGUACACUUGUAAUGAAGGCUGUGCCAAAUGCAUCACGAAUUGCUGCGUAUAGGUUUGGCAUGUCUGUUCGUUUGAUGAGGAAUAUAUGCUUGUGGAAUAACAUUCUUGCUAUGGCUGUUCUGGAGAAGCUUGCUCUUGAUGACCUUCUAAUUAGAAAAGUUCUUCCUCAUCUUCGAAGCAUUCAAUCUAAUAUUCACGAUGCAAUCACAAGAACUGAAAGGACCAUUGCUGCAUUAUAUGGGGUGUGGGCAGGUCCAAGUGUCACAGGGGAGCGCAGCCCCAAACUUCAACCACUGGUGGAUUACUUGCUGAUACUUGGGAAGACACUCGAGAAAAAACAUGUUUCAGGUGUGUCUGAGACCGAGACUACAAGACUUGCUCGUCGAUUGAAGAAAAUGCUGGUUGAGCUCAACGAAUAUGACCAGGCCAGGGCAAUAUCCAGAACCUUCAAUCUGAAGGAGGCACUGUGAUCUCUCUCUCUCUCUCUCUCUCUCUCACACACACACACACACACACAAUGCUUCUUCUGUACUGUUGGUUCAAAUGGUUACAGUGCCUUUUGAACUCAAGGCAGCUUGAGUGUAGUUAAUCUUGUAAAAGUUUUGGGUAGCACAGUUCUAUGAUUCUUUUGAUGAUGUUAUUCUAUCAAUGUAGUGAAUAUAUUAGUUGUAGUUUUCACCAAAAUUUUAGUUCUUAUUGUCAACUCCCACUGUUUAGCUGCUUGGGAAGGUUUUAAUUUUCUCACAAAAUGAAUUAGGUUUCUCAA